AUGGCAUAUGAUCCCCGUCGCCCAAACUCGGGCACUUCAACUCCCCAACCACCACCUCCCCCACCACCGCCAGCACCCGAAAUCACCGAAAUGGCAUCAGCCUUAGAAGAAGCAAAGCCAGCCGACGAGGCAGGCACAACAGACUCCUACAAGCUGAAGUUCUGCACAGUCUGCGCAUCAAACAACAACCGCUCAAUGGAAGCGCACCUCCAGCUCUCCGGCGCCCCAACCGCCUACCCCGUCAUAUCCUUCGGCACAGGCUCCCUCGUCCGCCUCCCAGGCCCGUCAAUUACCCAACCAAAUGUCUACAGCUUCAACACAACCUCCUAUAACCAGAUGUACGAGGAACUGCACAGCAAGGACGAGCGGCUAUACCGCGGCAACGGGAUCUUGAAUAUGCUCGACCGCAACCGCCACCUGAAAUGGGGCCCUGAGCGCUUCCAGGAUUGGGUCCCUGGCAUGCCGCGUGUCGACCAUCUCUCCAAGGGCGAUAAGGGGGCUAUCGGGACUGAGGGUGGUGUUGUUGAUGUGAUUAUAACGUGUGAGGAGCGCUGCUGGGAUGCUGUUGUUGAUGAUUUGAUGAAUAAGGGCUCGGCGCUGAAUCAUCCUGUUCAUGUUUUCAACGUCGAUAUUAAAGAUAACCAUGAGGAGGCGUUGACGGGUGGUAAGGCGAUUCUGGAUCUGGCAAAUCGAUUGAAUGAAGCUGCUGUUGCGGAACAUCGGGUUCAUGGGUCUGCUGGCUGGGAGAAUGGAACUGGUCCUGCGCGUCAGAGCUUUGAUGAGAAGGUCCCUGAGAUUCUGGCUGAGUGGCAGGAGAAGUAUCCUCAUCUGCCGGCUUUGUGGACUUUGGCUUGGCUUUAG